AACUACAUCAAUGGCUUCCCAAAAAACAUUCCACAAACAAAAGAGAGAGAGGGAGAGAAAAAAUAAGAGUUUUCUUCUUCAAAAGAGCAAAAAUGGUGGAAGUGAUACCAAAACACAUCAAAGAUGUGUGGGAUAGAUGGAACAUAAGAGGAGUAAUCAUUCUAAGUCUUACCCUUCAAGCCAUUCUCAUUUGCUUUUCUCCUCUAAGGAAACGCACACCAAGAAGGCUCUUGAUCUUGCUCGUUUGGUCCUCUUAUCUCUUAGCAGAUUGGUCUGCUAAUUUCGCUGUUGGUCUCAUCUCCAAGAAUCAAGGUAAGGAUCUCAAACCUGAUGACCCUCCACAGGACAAAAAGCUCAUGGCUUUAUGGGCCCCAUUCUUGCUCUUGCAUCUUGGUGGACCAGACAAAAUCACAGCUUUUGCGCUUGAAGAUAACGCUCUCUGGUUCAGACAUGUCUUUGGACUUGUCUUUCAGGCAAUUGCUGGUGUCUAUGUGGUUCUCAUGUCUCUGCCCAAUAGCCUUUGGGUGAUUAUAGUCUUAGUGUUCAUUUCUGGGACUAUUAAGUAUAUGGAGAGGACAGCCGCUUUGUACAGUGCCAGUUUAGACAAAUUUAGGGACUCUAUAAUUGAAGCACCAGAUCCAGGACCAAACUACGCGAAGCUCAUGGAGGAGUACAAGGCCAAGAAAGAGGCAAGACUACCCAUUACGAUCAUUCUGAUUGAUGAGCCUGACAAGGAACAUAGGGCUAAGAAGUUAGAGCAUCCAUCAUUAGCCUCGAAGAACAGAGAAGAGUUGACCCAUCUUGAGAUUGCUCAGUAUGCUUACAAGUUCUUCAACACAUUCAAGGGCCUUGUAGUCAACCUUAUCUUCAGCUUAAGGGAGCGUGACGAGAGUCUAGAGGUAUUUGAGAAUUUAAAGAGUCCAGAAGAAGCUUUGAGGAUCAUUGAGAUAGAGCUUGGUUUCCUCUAUGAUGCUCUGUUCACCAAGAUCGCGGUUCUUCAUAGCGUAAGUGGAACUGUCUCACGCAUCGUUGCUUCUGGUACCCUUGCGGCUGCAUUCAUCAUCUUUCAUAAGAAACCUAAGAAAGACAUACAAUUUCAUGGAGCUGAUGUUGUGGUUACCUACACACUAUUUGCAGUUGGCAUAGCUUUGGAUUUCAUAUCCAUACUCUUGUUUCUGUUCUCCGACUGGACGUGUGCUGUACUUAGUAGCUUGAAGGAUGAUCCGGAUGAGCCUGUAACAUUGAAAGAUAGAUUUUUCGAUUGGUUACUUAGUCUCAGACUGCUGCGUUGGAAGACACAAGAAUGCCACAAUAAAGGUUGGGUUAAGUGUAGCGGAGGUGAUGAUAAGUGUUCAACAGUACAUAAGCAUGACGUGCUCACAACGCGAUUCUUCCUCCGGAGGUGGUGCGGAAGCAUCAACGUAUUUAACUUUAUAGCUUACGCCAAAAAAGCAGAGGUAAAGAGGAUUCACGAUGCAAGAGGUAGUUUCCGCCGCUACUCAUGGAAGACCAUAUCUUUCCCAUUUGAAAAACUUAGCUUCAUCAUCCAGAAAGUAUUUGGAUAUAUUGUCAAGGUGAUCAAUGGUGUGCAUAUGUGGAUCAGCCACAAAGUCAAUGAAUUAUCAAGAAUUUAUCCUUUGGCUCGUCAUACCAUUUACCCUCUCUAUUUUGAGUUCCUCUCCCGCAUCCCUCAUUUCAUCAAAUAUGUGUGGGAUGUCCUCAAUGAGUUUUUCGACAUCUCGGAUACGCUUGAUACAGUCCACAAGACUUUGUUUGUACACGAAGAGCCGAUGACAAAACAAUUGUGGGAGUUCAUAUUUAAUGAGCUGAAAUACAAAUCAAAGUAUGGAGACAAUCCUGAAAAUGCCGAGAGGAUAUCUUUUGCUCGGGGAGAAUGGACUUUAAGAGAGAACCUGCCAGUUAAUGCAGACCGUGAAAAACUGGUACGUUAUGUCACAAACUUUGAUUAUGAUCAGAGUCUUUUGAUGUGGCACAUCGCAACCGAGCUCUGUUACCAACAACACGAAGAAGAGACUAUCCCAGAGAGUUAUGAUGAAAAGUGCAAGCAUUACAGUAACCGCGAGUUCAGCAAAAUCAUCUCAGACUACAUGAUGUAUCUCCUGAUCUUACAACCCAGUCUGAUGUCCGAGGUAGCUGGAAUUGGGAAGAUAAGAUUCAGAGACACAUUGGCUGAAGCUGACAAGUUUUUCGAGAGGAGGCAUAUCGAGGACAAGAGAAGCGUGAAGAUAGCCACCGAAAACAUUCUGAACGUCAACAGUGAAACUGACUCAAUGAGCGUGAAGGGGGAUAGAAGCAAGUCUGUGUUGUUUGACGCGAGCAGGCUAGCCAAAGACCUUACGGAGAUGGAGAAGACACACAAAAAAGACAAAUGGGAGAUACUGAGCAAAGUUUGGGUGGAACUCCUCUGUUAUGCAGCUUGUCAUUGCGACGCUACAUCUCACGUGGAGCAACUAAGCAGAGGCGCUGAGCUCAUAAACUUCGUGUGGCUUCUAAUGGCUCACUUUGGACUAACAGAUCAGUUCCAAAUCAACACAGGAGAUGCCAGGGCCAAACUCAUUAUAGGCAAGUGAGUGAGCAAAAACAACAUUUCCCUUGUGCUUAAAAUCCAAUUCCGCAUUUGUAUUUCUUUCUACUUUUUUUCAGCUCAAAACAAUGAACUCCUUCCUGCAUAGAGAUGAUGACAGACGUUUUCUAUGCUUUUGUGAUUUGAAUUAUCCCAAAAAUAGUUUUCAUA